CAAGGGCCUGCGGGUGAGAUCAUUCGGCCAAGGCCACAGGGGUCCUCACCUGUUUAUGAAUACACAGCUGAAGGUGCUGGCUUUGGAGGCCAGGAAAACAGCCAAGGCAGGCACAGCUCCUCCGGCAGACGGAGAUCCUGGUGGAAACGGGAUUCAGGGGAAUCCACAGCCUUCACCAGCAUGAGUCAUCCGGAGUCUGUGCAGGAGUUGACAGAAGUCACCCUGAAGACUGACGUGGAGUCGGGAGCCAGUGGCUACAGUGUCACAGGUGGAGGGGAUCAGGGGAUCUUUGUCAAGCAAGUACUGAAGGACUCCUCGGCGGCAAAGCUGUUCAGCCUGAGGGAAGGAGAUCAGCUGCUUAGUGCAACCAUAUUCUUUGACCAUAUGAAGUAUGAAGAUGCUCUUAAAAUCCUCCAGUACUCAGAACCAUACAAAGUUCAGUUCAGAAUCAAACGGAAACUCUCGUCCAGCAGGGGAGAGGAAGGGGCCACUCAGCAGGCCACCCAGCAGGGUCUGAAAGGCCAGGAAAAGCAGGACAAGGACAUUGCUGAUGGAUGCAUGGAGACCCCUACAAAAUCUCUAGAAGAAACAGGAGACCGAGAAAGGCUUAUUUCUAAGUCCAGGGACAGCCGCCAUAGGCGGUCCCAGGAUAGAUUUUCCUGGCCAAAAUUCCAAGCCUUAAGGAGCAAGCAGAGGGCAGGCCCCCGACGCUCACACAGUUCCUCAGAAGCCUCGGAGCGCAGGGACACUAGUGAUGUGUCUCCCACAAGCACAGACACAGAGGUCCAGAGGACAGCUGACAGACAAGAGCAGUACACAGGGACAGGUAGACGAAGACGGAGAUUCCUGAACUUGAGGUUUGGAAUGACCUCAGGAGAGAGCCCGGCUACCAGUGAGCAAAAACGCAGAGAGUCCACAGACAGGGGAGAGCGACCACAACAGGAGGAUGAAACAAGGGACACAGGCAGACCUGUUGAGGGCCAAAAGAAUGACAAGAAAGAGACAACUGGGUUCGUGUCCACUCAAAUUAAGCAAAUGACAAUGAGGGACAAUUACACCAACUUGGAAAAAGAAGUCCCUGGAAAAAUGGAAUUAAAGAUGGACAGACGUCAAAGAAAGAAAAAGCAGCCAAAGACAAAAGAAGAGGAGACUAAACUUAUCCAACCACCACGAGACCCAACACGAAGAAUGAGGUGGGAAGGUAGUGAAGAGGAGGUAGAAAGUUUGGAAAUUGGCAUUGCAAGAUUGUCUCUGAAAGACACAGCUGAUCAAAACAUAGAGGUAGAGACUCAGGCACCCAGUGCCAAGGUGGAGGGCGAGCUGGCCCUGGGAGACAAGGGCGUGGCUGCCAAAGACAGCAAGUUCAAGAUGCCCAAGUUCAAGAUGCCCUCCUUCGGCGUGUCCGCGCCUGGCAAGCCCAGCAUGGCGGCCUCUCUGGAAGUGGGCACCCCCAAGGUGGAGGCAGACGUGGCCCUGCCCUCCGUGCAGGGCGACCUGAAGACCCCUGACCUCAGCAUUCAGCUGCGGUCCGCUGAAGUGGAGCUCCAGGCUGGCCAGGUUGGCAUGACGCUGCCUGAGGGACAGAUGCCCGAGGGAGAGAUGGCCACACAGGCUACUGCUGGCACCGGUCUGAAGGGCCACCUGCCCAAGGUGCAGAUGCCCAGCCUCAAGAUGCCCAAGGUGGACCUCAAGGGGCCCAGUGUGGACAAGAAAGGUGCCAAGGGCGAGGUGAGUGCCACGGACAUGGAGGUGUCCGUGCCGACCUUCGAUGUGGACAUCCAGGUGCCCGGUGCCAAGGUGGAGGGCGAGCUGAACCUGGGAGACAAGGGCGUGGCUGCCAAAGACAGCAUGUUCAAGAUGCUCAAGUUCAAGAUGCCCUCCUUCGGCGUGUCCGCGCCUGGCAAGACCAGCGUGGCGACCUCCCUGGAGGUGGGAGCUCCCAAGGUGGAGGCAGAUGUGGCCCUGCCCUCCAUGCAGGGUGACCUGAUGACCCCUGACCUCAGCAUUCAGCUGCCGUCCGCCGACGUGGAGCUCCAGGCCGGCCAGGUGGAUGUGACGCUGCCUGAGGGAGAGAUGCCUACACAGGCUGCUGGUGGCGCCGGCCUGAAGGGCCACCUGCCCAAGGUGCAGAUGCCCAGCCUCAAGAUGCCCAAGGUGGACCUCAAGGGGCCCCACGUGGACCUCAAGGGCCCCAAAGUGGAUGUGAGCGCCCCCGACCUGGAGUUGUCCGUGCCUGUUGUUGAGGUGGACAUCCAGGCACCUGGUGCCAAGAUGGAGGGUGAACUUGACCUGGGAGACAAGGACAUGGCCGCCAAAGACAGCAAGUUCAAGAUGCCCAAGUUCAAGAUGCCCUCCUUUGGCGUGUCUGCACCUGGCAAGCCAAGCAUGGCGACUUCUCUGGAAUUGGGUGCGCCCAAGGUGGAGCCAGACAUGGCCUUGUCCUCCAUGCAGGGUGAACUGAUGACCCCUGACCUCAGCAUUCAGCUACCAUCCGCCGAAGUGGAGCUCCAGGCCGGCCAGGUGGAUGUGACGCUGCCUGAGGGAGAGAUGCCUACACAGGCUGCUGGUGGCGCCGGCCUGAAGGGCCACCUGCCCAAGGUGCAGAUGCCCAGCCUCAAGAUGCCCAAGGUGGACCUCAAGGGCCCCAAAGUGGACCUCAAGGGCCCCAAAGUCGAACUGAAGGGCGCCAAGUGUGAGGUGAGCGCCCCUGACCUGGAGGUGUCCGUGCCCAACAUGGAGGUGGACAUCCAGGCGCCUGGUGCCAAGCUGGAGGGCGAGCUGGACCUGGGAGAAAAGGACGUGGCUGCCAAAGACAGCAAGUUCAAGAUGCCCAAGUUCAAGAUGCCCUCCUUCAGUGUGUCUGUGCCUGGCAAGCCCAGCAUGGAUUCUAAUCUGGAGGUGGGCACGCCCAAGGUGGAGGCAGAAGUGGCCCUGUCCUCUGUGCAGGGCGACCUGAAGACCCCUGACCUCAGCAUUCAAUUGCCGUCUGCUGAAGUGGAGCUCCAGGCCGGCCAGGUGGGUGUGUCACUGCCAGAGGGACAGAUGCCUGAGGGAGACAUGGCAGUACCGACUGCUACUGGCACUGGCCUGAAGGGCCACCUGCCCAAGGUGCAGAUGCCCAGCCUCAAGAUGCCCAAGGUGGACCUCAAGGUCCCCAAAGUGGACGUGACCGGCAUCAAGGGUGAGGUGAGCGCCCCCGACCUGGAGUUGACUGUGCCCGCCAUCGAGGUGGACAUCCAGGUGCCUGGUGCCAAGCUGGAGGGCGAGCUGGACCUGGGAGAAAAAGACCUGGCCACCAAAGACAGCAAGUUCAAGAUGCCCAAGUUCAAGAUGCCCUCCUUUGGCGUGUCCACGCAUGGCAAGCCAAGCAUGGAGGCCUCUCUGGAAGUGGACACCCCAAAGGUGGAGGCGGACAUGGCCCUGCCCUCCAUACAGGGCGACCUGAAGACCUCUGACUUCAGCAUUCAGCUGCCAUCUGCUGAAGUAGAGCUCCAGGCCGGCCAGGUUGGCACGAAGCUGCCCAAGGGAAAGAUACCCAAGGGAGCCGGCCUGAAGGGCCACCUGCCCAAGGUGCAGAUGCCCAGCCUCAAGAUGCCCAAGGUGGACCUCAAAGGGCCCCACGUGGCGCUGAAGGGCCCCAAAGUGGACGUGACCGGUAUCAAGGGUGAGGUGAGCGCCCCCGAACAGGAGUUAACUGUGCCCGCCGUCGAGGUGGACAUCCAGGUGCCCGGUGCCAAGCUGGAGGGCGAGCUGGACCUGGGAGAAAAGGACAUGGCCGCCAAAGACAGCAAGUUCAAGAUGCCCAAGUUCAAGAUGCCCUCCUUCAGUGUGUCUGUGCCUGGCAAGCCCAGCAUGGAUUCCAAUCUGGAGGUGGGCACGCCCAAGGUGGAGGCAGAAGUGGCCCUGUCCUCUGUGCAGGGCGACCUGAAGACCCCUGACCUCAGCAUUCAGCUGCAGUCCACCGAAAUGGAGCUCCAGGCCGGCCAGGUGGGCGUGAAGCUGCCCGAGGGAGAGAUGGCAGUACCAGCGGCUGAUGGCACCGGCCUGAAAGGCCACCUGGCCAAGGUGCAGAUGCCCAGCCACAAGAUGCCCAAGGUGGACCUCAAGGCCCCCAAAGUUGACGUAACCAGUGCCAAGGGCAAGGUGAGCGCCCCCGACCUGGAGGUGUCUGUGCCCACCGUCAAGGUGGACAUCCAGGCGCCCGGUGCUAAGAUGGAGGGCGAGCUGGACCUGGGAGAAAAGGACGUGGCUUCCAAAGGCAGCAAGUUCACCAUGCCCAAGUUCAAGAUGCCCUCCUUAGGCGUAUCCGUGCCUGGCAAGCCAAGCAUGGAGGCCUCUCUGGAAGUGGACACCCCAAAGGUGGAGGUAGACGUGGCCCUGCCCUCUGUGCAGGGUGACCUGAAGACCCCUGACCUCAGCAUUCAGCUGCCAUCUGCUGAAGUGGAGCUCCAGGCCGGCCAGGUGGGCGUGUCACUGCCAGAGGGACAGAUGCCUGAGGGAGAGAUGGCAGUACCGACUGCUACUGGCACCAGCCUGAAGGGCCACCUUCCCAAGGUGCAGAUGCCCAGCCUCAAGAUGCCCAAGGUGGACCUCAAGGCCCCCAAAGUUGACGUGACCAGUGCCAAGGGCAAGGUGAGCGCUCCUGACCUGGAGUUGACUGUGCCCGUCGUCAAGGUGGACAUCCAGGCACCCGGUGCUAAGAUGGAGGGUGACCUGGACCUGGGAGAAAAGGACGUGGCCACCAAAGGCAGCAAGUUCAAGAUGCCCAAGUUCAAGAUGCCCUCCUUUGGCGUGUCCACGCCUGGCAAGCCAAGCAUGGAGACCUCUCUGGAAGUGGACGCCCCAAAGGUAGACGCAGACAUGGCCCUGCCCUCUGUGCAGGGCGACCUGAAGACCUCUGACCUCAGCAUUCAGUUGCCGUCUGCCGAAGUGGAGCUUGAGGCCGGCCAGGUGGGCGUGUCACUGCCGGAGGGACAGAUGCCUGAGGGACAGAUGCCUGAAGGAGAGAUGGCAGUACCGGCUGCUGAUGGCACCGGCCUGAAGGGCCACCUGCCCAAGGUGCAGAUGCCCAGCCUCAAGAUGCCCAAGGUGGACCUCAAGGGGCCCCAUGUGGACCUGAAGGGCCCCAAAGUAGAUCUGAAGGGUGCCAAGGGUGAGGCAAGCGCCUCCGACCUGGAGGUGUCUGUGCCCGCCGUCGAGGUGGACAUCCAGGCACCCGGUGCUAAGAUGGAGGGUGACCUGGACCUGGGAGAAAAGGACGUGGCCACCAAAGGCAGCAAGUUCAAGAUGCCCAAGUUCAAGAUGCCCUCCUUUGGCGUGUCCACGCCUGGCAAGCCAAGCAUGGAGACCUCUCUGGAAGUGGACGCCCCAAAGGUAGACGCAGACAUGGCCCUGCCCUCUGUGCAGGGCGACCUGAAGACCUCUGACCUCAGCAUUCAGUUGCCGUCUGCCGAAGUGGAGCUUGAGGCCGGCCAGGUGGGCGUGUCACUGCCGGAGGGACAGAUGCCUGAGGGACAGAUGCCUGAAGGAGAGAUGGCAGUACCGGCUGCUGAUGGCACCGGCCUGAAGGGCCACCUGCCCAAGGUGCAGAUGCCCAGCCUCAAGAUGCCCAAGGUGGACCUCAAGGGGCCCCAUGUGGACCUGAAGGGCCCCAAAGUAGAUCUGAAGGGUGCCAAGGGUGAGGCAAGCGCCUCCGACCUGGAGGUGUCUGUGCCCGCCGUCGAGGUGGACAUCCAGGCACCCGGUGCUAAGAUGGAGGGCGAGCUGGACCUGGAAGAAAAGGACGUGGCUUCCAAAGGCAGCAAGUUCAAGAUGCCCAAGUUCAAGAUGCCCUCCUUCGGCGUGUCCGUGCCUGGCAAGCCAAGCAUGGAGGCCUCUCUGGAGGUGGGCGUGCCCAAGGUGGAGGCAGACGUGGCCCUGCCCUCCGUGGAGGGUGACCUGAAGACCCCUGACCUCAGCAUUCAGCUGCCAUGUACCGAAGUGGAGCUCCAGGCCGGCCAGGUGGGCCUGACGCUGCCUGAGGUUCAGAUGCCCGAGGGAGAGAUGCCCGCACCGGCUGAUGCUGGCACCGGCCUGAAGGGCCACCUGCCCAAGGUGCAGAUGCCCAGUCUCAAGACACCCAAGGUGGACCUCAAGGGGCCCCACGUGGACCUAAAGGGCCCCAAAGUGGACCUGAAGGGCGCCAAGGGUGAAGUAAGUGCUCCCGACCGGGAGGUAUCCGUGCCCGCCACCGAGGUCGACAUCCAGGUGUCCGGUGCCAAGGUGGAGGGUGAACUGGCCCUGGGAGACAAGGACAUGGCCGCCAAAGACAGCAAGUUCAAGAUGCCCAAGUUCAAGAUGCCCUCCUUCGGCGUGUCCACUCCUGGCAAGCCCAGCGUGGCGGCCUCUCUGGAGGUGAGCACACCAAAGGUAGACGCAGACAUGGCCCUGCCCUCUGUGCAGGGCGACCUGAAGACCUCUGACCUCAGCAUUCAGUUGCCGUCUGCCGAAGUGGAGCUUGAGGCCGGCCAGGUGGGCGUGUCACUGCCGGAGGGACAGAUGCCUGAGGGAGAGAUGGCAGUACCGGCUGCUGAUGGCACCGGCCUGAAGGGCCACCUGCCCAAGGUGCAGAUGCCCAGCCUCAAGAUGCCCAAGGUGGACCUGAAGGGCCCCAAAGUGGACAUCAAGGGGGCCCACGUGGAGCUGAAGGGCCCCAAAGGUGAGGUGAGCGCCCCUGACCUGGAGGUGUCUGUGCCCAACAUCGAGGUGGACAUCCAGGCACCCGGUGCCAAGCUGGAGGGCGAGCUGGACCUGGGAGAAAAGGACGUGGCUUCCAAAGGCAGCAAGUUCAAGAUGCCCAAGUUCAAGAUGCCCUCCUUCGGCGUGUCCGUGCCUGGCAAGCCAAGCAUGGAGGCCUCUCUGGAAGUGGACACCCCAAAGGUGGAUGUAGAUGUGACCCUGCCCUCUGUGCAGGGUGACCUGAAGACCCCUGACCUCAGCAUUCAGCUGCCGUCUGCCGAAAUGGAGCUCCAGGCCGGCCAGGUGGACGUGUCACUGCCAGAGGGACAGAUGCCCGAGGGAGAGAUGGCAGUACCGACUGCUACUGGCACCGGCCUGAAGGGUCACCUGCCCAAGGUGCAGAUGCCCAGCCUCAAGAUGCCCAAGGUGGACCUCAAGGGGCCCCACGUGGACCUGAAGGGCCCCAAAGUGGAUGUGACCGGAGCCAAGGGUGAGGUGAGUGCCCCCGACAUAGAGUUGUCCGUGCCCAGUGCCAAGGUGGAGGGUGAACUGGCACUUGGAGACAAGGACAUGGCCACCAAAGACAGCAAGUUCAAGAUGCCCAAGUUCAAAAUUCCCUCCUUUGGCGUGUCCGUGCCUGGCAAGCCAAGCAUGGAGGCCUCUCUGGAAGUGGACGCCCCAAAGGUGGAUGUAGACGUGACCCUGCCCUCUGUGCAGGGUGACCUGAAGACCCCUGACCUCAGCAUUCAGCUGCCAUCUGCUGAAGUGGAGCUCCAGGCCGGCCAGGUGGGCGUGUCACUGCCAGAGGGACAGAUGCCUGAGGGAAAGAUGGCAGUACCGACUGCUACUGGCACCAGCCUGAAGGGCCACCUUCCCAAGGUGCAGAUGCCCAGCCUCAAGAUGCCCAAGGUGGACCUCAAGGCCCCCAAAGUUGACGUGACCAGUGCCAAGGGCAAGGUGAGCGCUCCUGACCUGGAGUUGACUGUGCCCGUUGUCGAGGUGGACAUCCAGGCGCCCCGUGCCAAGAUGGAGGGUGACCUGGACCUGGGAGAAAAGGACGUGGCCACCAAAGGCAGCAAGUUCACCAUGCCCAAGUUCAAGAUGCCCUCCUUCGGCGUGUCCACGCCUGGCAAGCCAAGCAUGGAGGCCUCUCUGGAGGUGGACACCCCAAAGGUGGAGGCAGACGUGGCCCUGCCCUCCGUGGAGGGUGACCUGAAGACCCCUGACCUCAGCAUUCAGCUGCCAUGCACCGAAGUGAAGCUCCAGGCCGGCCAGGUGGGCCUGACGCUGCCUGAGAGUCAGAUGCCCGAGGGAGAGAUGCCCGCACCGGCUGAUGCUGGCACCGGCCUGAAGGGCCACCUGCCCAAGGUGCAGAUGCCCAGUCUCAAGAUGCCCAAGGUGGACCUCAAGGGGCCCCACGUGGACCUAAAGGGCCCCAAAGUGGACCUGAAGGGCGCCAAGGGUGAAGUAAGUGCCCCCGACCUAGAGGUAACCAUGCCCGCCGCAGAGGUCGACAUCCAGGUGUCCGGUGCCAAGGUGGAGGGUGAACUGGCCCUGGGAGACAAGGACAUGGCCGCCAAAGACAGCAAGUUCAAGAUGCCCAAGUUCAAGAUGCCCUCCUUCGGCGUGUCCACUCCUGGCAAGCCCAGCGUGGCGGCCUCUCUGGAGGUGAGCACACCAAAGGUGGAGGCGGACAUGGCCCUGCCCUCCGUGCAGGGUGACCUGACGACCCCUGACCUCAGCAUUCAGCUGCCGUCUGCCGAAGUGGAGCUUGAGGCUGGCCAGGUGGGCGUGUCACUGCCGGAGGGACAGAUGCCUGAGGGAGAGAUGGCAGUACCAGCUGCUGAUGGCACCAGCCUGAAGGGCCACCUGCCCAAGGUGCAGAUGCCCAGCCACAAGAUGCCCAAGGUGGACCUCAAGGGGCCCCACGUGGACCUCAAGGUCCCCAAAAUAGACCUGAAGGGUGCCAAGGGUGAGGUGAGCGCCCCUGACCUGGAGGUGUCUGUGCCCAACAUUGAGGUGGACAUCCAGGCACCCGGUGCCAAGCUGGAGGGUGAGCUGGACCUGGGAGAAAAGGACGUGGCUUCCAAAGGCAGCAAGUUCAAGAUGCCCAAGUUCAAGAUGCCCUCCUUCGGCGUGUCCGUGCCUGGCAAGCCAAGCAUGGAGGCCUCUCUGGAAGUGGACGCCCCAAAGGUGGAUGUAGACAUGACCCUGCCCUCUGUGCAGGGCGACCUGAAGACCCCUGACCUCAGCAUUCAGCUGCCAUCUGCUGAAGUGGAGCUCCAGGCCGGCCAGGUGGGCGUGUCACUGCCAGAGGGACAGAUGCCUGAGGGAAAGAUGGCAGUACCGACUGCUACUGGCACCAGCCUGAAGGGCCACCUUCCCAAGGUGCAGAUGCCCAGCCUCAAGAUGCCCAAGGUGGACCUCAAGGCCCCCAAAGUUGACGUGACCAGUGCCAAGGGCAAGGUGAGCGCUCCUGACCUGGAGUUGACUGUGCCCGUUGUCGAGGUGGACAUCCAGGCGCCCCGUGCCAAGAUGGAGGGUGACCUGGACCUGGGAGAAAAGGACGUGGCCACCAAAGGCAGCAAGUUCACCAUGCCCAAGUUCAAGAUGCCCUCCUUCGGCGUGUCCACGCCUGGCAAGCCAAGCAUGGAGGCCUCUCUGGAGGUGGACACCCCAAAGGUGGAGGCAGACGUGGCCCUGCCCUCCGUGGAGGGUGACCUGAAGACCCCUGACCUCAGCAUUCAGCUGCCAUGCACCGAAGUGAAGCUCCAGGCCGGCCAGGUGGGCCUGACGCUGCCUGAGAGUCAGAUGCCCGAGGGAGAGAUGCCCGCACCGGCUGAUGCUGGCACCGGCCUGAAGGGCCACCUGCCCAAGGUGCAGAUGCCCAGUCUCAAGAUGCCCAAGGUGGACCUCAAGGGGCCCCACGUGGACCUAAAGGGCCCCAAAGUGGACCUGAAGGGCGCCAAGGGUGAAGUAAGUGCCCCCGACCUAGAGGUAACCAUGCCCGCCGCAGAGGUCGACAUCCAGGUGUCCGGUGCCAAGGUGGAGGGUGAACUGGCCCUGGGAGACAAGGACAUGGCCGCCAAAGACAGCAAGUUCAAGAUGCCCAAGUUCAAGAUGCCCUCCUUCGGCGUGUCCACUCCUGGCAAGCCCAGCGUGGCGGCCUCUCUGGAGGUGAGCACACCAAAGGUGGAGGCGGACAUGGCCCUGCCCUCCGUGCAGGGUGACCUGACGACCCCUGACCUCAGCAUUCAGCUGCCGUCUGCCGAAGUGGAGCUUGAGGCUGGCCAGGUGGGCGUGUCACUGCCGGAGGGACAGAUGCCUGAGGGAGAGAUGGCAGUACCAGCUGCUGAUGGCACCAGCCUGAAGGGCCACCUGCCCAAGGUGCAGAUGCCCAGCCACAAGAUGCCCAAGGUGGACCUCAAGGGGCCCCACGUGGACCUCAAGGUCCCCAAAAUAGACCUGAAGGGUGCCAAGGGUGAGGUGAGCGCCCCUGACCUGGAGGUGUCUGUGCCCAACAUUGAGGUGGACAUCCAGGCACCCGGUGCCAAGCUGGAGGGUGAGCUGGACCUGGGAGAAAAGGACGUGGCUUCCAAAGGCAGCAAGUUCAAGAUGCCCAAGUUCAAGAUGCCCUCCUUCGGCGUGUCCGUGCCUGGCAAGCCAAGCAUGGAGGCCUCUCUGGAAGUGGACGCCCCAAAGGUGGAUGUAGACGUGACCCUGCCCUCUGUGCAGGGCGACCUGAAGACCCCUGACCUCAGCAUUCAGCUGCCAUCUGCUGAAGUGGAGCUCCAGGCCGGCCAGGUGGGCGUGUCACUGCCAGAGGGACAGAUACCUGAGGGAGCCGGCCUGAAGGGCCACCUGCCCAAGGUGCAGAUGCCCAGUCUCAAGAUGCCCAAGGUGGACCUCAAGGGGCCCCACGUGGACCUAAAGGGCCCCAAAGUGGACCUGAAGGGCGCCAAGGGUGAAGUAAGUGCUCCCGACCGGGAGGUAUCCGUGCCCGCCACCGAGGUCGACAUCCAGGUGUCCGGUGCCAAGGUGGAGGGUGAACUGGCCCUGGGAGACAAGGACAUGGCCGCCAAAGACAGCAAGUUCAAGAUGCCCAAGUUCAAGAUGCCCUCCUUCGGCGUGUCCACUCCUGGCAAGCCCAGCGUGGCGGCCUCUCUGGAGGUGAGCACACCAAAGGUGGAGGCGGACAUGGCCCUGCCCUCCGUGCAGGGUGACCUGACGACCCCUGACCUCAGCAUUCAGCUGCCGUCUGCCGAAGUGGAGCUUGAGGCUGGCCAGGUGGGCGUGUCACUGCCGGAGGGACAGAUGCCUGAGGGAGAGAUGGCAGUACCGGCUGCUGAUGGCACCAGCCUGAAGGGCCACCUGCCCAAGGUGCAGAUGCCCAGCCUCAAGAUGCCCAAGGUGGACCUCAAGGGGCCCCACGUGGACCUCAAGGUCCCCAAAAUAGACCUGAAGGGUGCCAAGGGUGAGGUGAGCGCCCCUGACCUGGAGGUGUCUGUGCCCAACAUCGAGGUGGACAUCCAGGCACCCGGUGCCAAGCUGGAGGGCGAGCUGGACCUGGGAGAAAAGGACGUGGCUUCCAAAGGCAGCAAGUUCAAGAUGCCCAAGUUCAAGAUGCCCUCCUUCGGCGUGUCCGUGCCUGGCAAGCCAAGCAUGGAGGCCUCUCUGGAAGUGGACGCCCCAAAGGUGGAUGUAGAUGUGACCCUGCCCUCUGUGCAGGGCGACCUGAAGACCCCUGACCUCAGCAUUCAGCUGCCAUCUGCUGAAGUGGAGCUCCAGGCCGGCCAGGUGGGCGUGUCACUGCCAGAGGGACAGAUGCCUGAGGGAGAGAUGGCAGUACCGACUGCUACUGGCACUGGCCUGAAGGGCCACCUGCCCAAGGUGCAGAUGCCCAGCCUCAAGAUGCCCAAGGUGGACCUCAAGGGGCCCCACGUGGACCUGAAGGGGCCCAAAGUGGAUGUGACCGGAGCCAAGGGUGAGGUGAGUGCCCCCGACAUAGAGGUAUCCGUGCCCGUCGUCGAGGUGGACAUCCAGGUGCCCAGUGCCAAGGCGCCCGGUGCUAAGAUGGAGGGUGACCUGGACCUGGGAGAAAAGGACGUGGCCACCAAAGGCAGCAAGUUCACCAUGCCCAAGUUCAAGAUGCCCUCCUUCGGCGUGUCCGUGCCUGGCAAGCCAAGCAUGGAGGCCUCUCUGGAGGUGGGCAUGCCCAAAGUGGAGGCAGAUGUGGCCCUGCCCUCCGUGGAGGGUGACCUGAAGACCCCUGACCUCAGCAUUCAGCUGCCAUGCACCGAAGUGGAGCUUCAGGCCGGCCAGGUGGGCCUGACGCUGCCUGAGGGUCAGAUGCCCGAGGGAGAGAUGUGCGCACCGGCUGAUGCUGGCACCGGCCUGAAGGGCCACCUGCCCAAGGUGCAGAUGCCCAGUCUCAAGAUGCCCAAGGUGGACCUCAAGGGGCCCCACGUGGACCUAAAGGGCCCCAAAGUGGACCUGAAGGGCCCGCAAAUGGACGUGACUGGUGCCAAGGGUGAGGUGAGCGCCCCUGACCAGGAGGUGUCUGUGGGCACCGCCGAGGUGGACAUCCAGGUGCCCGGUCCCAGAGUGGAGGGUGAACUGGCACUGGGAGACAUGGACGUGGCCACCAAAGACAGCAAGUUCAAGAUGCCCAAGUUCAAGAUGCCCUCCUUUGGCGUGUCUGUGCCUGGCAAGCCCAGCAUGGAGGCCUCUCUGGAAGUGGAUGCCCCAAAGGUGGAUGUAGACGUGACCCUGCCCUCUGUGCAGGGCGACCUGAAGACCCCUGACCUCAGCAUUCAGUUGCCUUCUGCUGAAGUGGAGCUCCAGGCUGGCCAGGUGGGCGUGUCACUGCCAGAGGGACAGAUGCCUGAGGGAGAGAUGGCAGUACCAACUGCUACUGGCACUGGCCUGAAGGGCCACCUGCCCAAGGUGCAGAUGCCCAGACUCAAGAUGCCCAAGGUGGACCUCAAGGGCCCCAAAGUUGACGUGACCAGUGCCAAGGGCAAGGUGAGCGCUCCUGACCUGGAGUUGACUGUGCCUGCCGUCGAGGUGGACAUCCAAGCACCCCGUGCCAAGAUGGCGGGUGACCUGGAUCUGGGAGAAAAGGAUGUGGCCACCAAAGGCAGCAAGUUCAAGAUGCCCAAGUUCAAGAUGCCCUCCCUUGGCGUGUCUGUGCCUAGCAAGCCAAGCAUGGAGGCCUCUCUGGAGGUGGGCACGCCCAAGGUGGAGGCAGACGUGGCCCUGCCCUCUGUGCAGAGCGACCUGAAGACCUCUGACCUCAGCAUUCAGCUGCAGUCCACCGAAAUGGAGCUCCAGGCCGGCCAGGUGAGCGUGAAGCUGUCCAAGGGAGAGAUGCCUGAGGGAAAGAUGGCGGCACCGGCUGCUGCCGGCGCCGGCCUGAAGGGCCACCUGCCCAAGGUGCAGAUGCCCAGACUCAAGACGACCAAGGUGGAUCUCAAGGGGCCCCACGUGGACCUAAAGGGCCCCAAAGUGGACCUUAAGGGCGCCAAGGGUGAAGUAAGUGCCCCCGACCGGGAGGUAUCCGUGCCCGCCGCCGAGGUGGACAUCCAGGUGUCCGGUGCCAAGGUGGAGGGUGAACUGGCCCUGGGAGAGAAGGACAUGGCCGCCAAAGACAGCAAGUUCAAGAUGCCCAAGUUCAAGAUGCCCUCCUUUGGCGUGUCCGUGCCUGGCAAGCCAAGCAUGGAGGCCUCUCUGGAGGUGGACACACCAAAGGUGGAGGCGGACAUGACCCUGCCCUCCGUGCAGGGCGACCUGUCGACCCCUGACCUCAGCAUUCAGCUGCCAUCUGCCGAAGUGGAGCUUGAGGCCGGCCAGGUGGGCGUGUCACUGCCGGAGGGACAGAUGCCCGAGGGAGAGAUGGCAGUACCGACUGCUACUGGCACUGGCCUGAAGGGCCACCUGCCCAAGGUGCAGAUGCCCAGCCUCAAGAUGCCCAAGGUGGACCUCAAGGGGCCCCACGUGGACCUUAAAGGCCCGCAAAUGGACGUGACUGGUGCCAAGGGUGAGGUGAGCGUCCCCGACCUGGAGGUGUCUGUGGGCACCGCCGAGGUGGACAUCCAGGUGCCCGGUCCCAAAGUGGAGGGUGAACUGGCACUGGGAGACAUGGACGUGGCCACCAAAGACAGCAAGUUCAAGAUGCCCAAGUUCAAGAUGCCCUCCUUCGGCGUGUCUGUGCCUGGCAAGCCAAGCAUGGAGGCCUCUCUGGAGGUGGGCGCGCCCAAGGUGGAGGAAGACGUUGUCCUGCCCUCCGUGCAGGGCGACCUGAAGACCCCUGACCUCAGCAUUCAGUUGCAGUCCACUGAAGUGGAGCUGCAGGCCGGCCAGGUGGGCGUGACGCUGCCCAAGGGAGAGAUGCCAGCACCGGCUGCAGCAGGCGCUGGCCUGAAGGGCCACCUGCCCAAGGUGCAGAUGCCCAGCCUUAAGACACCCAAGGUGGACUUCAAGGGGCCCCACGUGGACCUAAAGGGCCCCAAAGUGGACCUGAAGGGCGCCAAGGGUGAAGUAAGUGCCCCGGACCUGGAGGUAUCCGUGCCCGCCGCGGAGGUAGACAUCCAGGUGUCUGGUGCCAAGGUGGAGGGUGAACUGGCCCUGGGAGACAAGGACAUGGCCGCCAAAGACAGCAAGUUCAAGAUGCCCAAGUUCAAGAUGCCCUCCUUCGGCGUGUCCACUCCUGGCAAGCCCAGCGUGGCGGCCUCUCUGGAGGUGAGCACACCAAAGGUGGAGGCGGACAUGACCCUGCCCUCCGUGCAGGGCGACCUGACGACCCCUGACCUCAGCAUUCAGCUGCCUUCUGCCGAAGUGGAGCUUGAGGCUGGCCAGGUGGGCGUGUCACUGCCGGAGGGACAGAUGCCUGAGGGAGAGAUGGCAGUACCGGCUGCUGAUGGCACCGGCCUGAAGGGCCACCUGCCCAAGGUGCAGAUGCCCAGCCUCAAGAUGCUCAAGGUGGACCUCAAGGGGCCCCACGUGGACCUCAAGGUCCCCAAAAUAGACCUGAAGGGUGCCAAGGGUGAGGUGAGCGCCCCCGACCUGGAGGUGUCCGUGCCUGCCGUCGAGGUGGACAUCCAGGCACCCGGUGCCAAGAUGGAGGGCGAACUGUCACUGGGAGAAAAGGACAUGGCUUCCAAAGGCAGCAAGUUCAAGAUGCCCAAGUUCAAGAUGCCCUCCUUCGGCGUGUCCGCGCCUGGCAAGCCAAGCAUGGAGGCCUCUCUGGAAGUGGACGCCCCAAAGGUGGAUGUAGACGUGGCCCUGCCCUCUGUGCAGGGCGACCUGAAGACCCCUGACCUCAGCAUUCAGCUGCCAUCUGCUGAAGUGGAGCUCCAGGCCGGCCAGGUGGGCGUGUCACUGCCAGAGGGACAGAUGCCUGAGGGAGAGAUGGCAGUACCAACUGCUACUGGCACCAGCCUGAAGGGCCACCUGCCCAAGGUGCAGAUGCCCAGCCUCAAGAUGCCCAAGGUGGACCUCAAGGCCCCCAAAGUUGACGUGACCAGUGCCAAGGGCAAGGUGAGCGCUCCUGACCUGGAGUUGACUGUGCCCGUUGUCGAGGUGGACAUCCAGGCUCCCCGUGCCAAGAUGGAGGGUGACCUGUACCUGGGAGAAAAGGACAUGGCCACCAAAGGCAGCAAGUUCAAGAUGCCCAAGUUCAAGAUGCCCUCCUUCGGCGUGUCUGUACCUGGCAAGUCAAGCAUGGAGGCCUGUCUGGAAGUGGACACCCCAAAGGUGGAGGCAGACGUUGCCCUGCCCUCUGUGCAGGGCGACCUGAAGACCUCUGACCUCAGCAUUCAGCUGCAGUCCACCGAAAUGGAGCUCCAGGCCGGCCAGGUGGGCAUGACACUGCCCAAGGGAGAGGUGCCUGAGGGAAAGAUGGCAGUACCAACUGCUGAUGGCACCGGCCUCAAGGGCCACCUGUCCAAGGUGCAGAUGCCCAGCCUCAAGACACCCAAGGUGGACCUCAAGGGGCCCCACGUGGACCUAAAGGGCCCCAAAGUGGACCUUAAGGGCACCAAGGGUGAAGCAAGUGCCCCCGACCUAGAGGUCUCCGUGCCCGCCGCAGAGGUAGACAUCCAGGUGUCCGGUGCCAAGGUGGAGGGUGAACUGGCCCUGGGAGAGAAGGACAUGGCCGCCAAAGACAGCAAGUUCAAGAUGCCCAAGUUCAAGAUGCCCUCCUUUGGCGUGUCCACGCCUGGCAAGCCCAGCGUGGCGGCCUCUCUGCAUGUGAGCAUGCCAAAGGUGGAGGCGGACAUGACCCUGCCCUCCGUGCAGGGCGACCUGAAGACCCCUGACCUCAGCAUUCAGCUGCCGUCUGCUGAAAUGGAGCUCCAGGCCGGCCAGGUGGACGUGUCACUGCCAGAGGGACAGAUGCCCGAGGGAGAGAUGGCAGUACCGACUGCUACUGGCACCGGCCUGAAGGGUCACCUGCCCAAGGUGCAGAUGCCCAGCCUCAAGAUGCCCAAGGUGGACCUCAAGGGGCCCCACGUGGACCUGAAGGGCCCCAAAGUGGAUGUGACCGGAGCCAAGGGUGAGGUGAGUGCCCCCGACAUAGAGUUGUCCGUGCCCAGUGCCAAGGUGGAGGGUGAACUGGCACUGGGAGACAAGGACAUGGCUUCCAAAGACAGCAAGUUCAAGAUGCCCAAGUUCAAGAUGCCCUCCUUCAGCGUGUCUGUGCCUGGCAAGCCCAGCAUUGAUUCCAAUCUGGAUGUGGGCGCGCCCAAGGUGGAGGCAGACAUGGCCUUGUCCUCCUUGCAUGGCGACCUGAAGACCCCUGACCUCAGCAUUCAGCUGCAGUCCACCGAAAUGGAGCUCGAGGCCGGCCAGGUGGGCAUGACACUGCCCAAGGGAGAGAUGCCAGCACUGGAUGCAGCGGGCGCUGGCCUGAAGGACCACCUGCCCAAGGUGCAGAUGCCCAGCCUCAAGAUACCCAAGGUGGACCUCAAGGGGCCCCACGUGGAGCUGAAGGGCCCCAAAGUGGACAAGAAAUGUGCCAAGGGUGAGGUGAGCACCCCCGACCUGGAGGUGUCUGUGCCCGCCAUUGAGGUGGACUUCCAGGUGCCCCGUGCCAAGCUGGAGGGCGAACUGGCACUGGGAGAAAAGUACAUGGCCCCCAAAGACAGCAAGUUCAAGAUGUCCAAGUUCAAGAUGCCCUCCUUCGGCGUGUCUUUGCCUGGCAAACCCAGCAUGGAGGCCUCUCUGGAGGUGGGCGCGCCCAAGGUAGAGGCAGACAUGGACCUGCCCUCCGUACAGGGUGACCUGAAGACCCCUGACCUCAGUAUUCAGCUGCCGUCUGCUGAAGUGGAGCUCAACGCAGGACAGGUGGGCGUGACGCUGCCCGAGGGAGAGAUGCCCGAGGGAGAGAUGGCUGCACAGGCUGCUGCUGGCGCUAGCCUGAAGGGCCACCUGUCCAAGGUGCAGAUGCCCAGCCUCAAGAUGUCCAAGGUGGACCUCAAGGGGCCCAACGUGGACAUCAAGGGCACCAAAGUGGACGUGAAAGUCACCAAGGACGAGGUGAGCGCCUCUAACCAGGAAGGAAGUUUUCAAUUUCCUGAUGAAGUCAGUUGCGAUACUGUGGGCAUUAGUUCCCCGUCCUGUCAUGGAUUUUCUAGUUCUGAGUCUUCUCAGUUUUUGUUUUCCUAUGGUCGUCCUUCUUUGAGUCUUGUUGACCCCCCACAUGGAUGUCUUGAUCCUAAUGUCCCUCAUUUUACUGCUCGCAUAAUGUUUCCCAAGUUCCACAAGCCAAAGUUUUCCUUAUCCGUACCUCUGUCAGAGUCUGAAUGUCCUCUCUCAGAUUCUGUUCCUGGGGUCCAACCUUGUGUAACCUCUCCUACACCGGCAGGUUCAGCAGGCCCUCAGGUCCUCUCUUCUGAUGCUUCUAUUUGCAGCCUUUUGGAUCCACCCUCCAGUCAGCCUUUAAUUAGUCAGCCACGUGAAGCAUCUAAUCAAGAAGCAAAAGACACUUCCUUCAAAUUGCCCAGCAUCAAGUUACCUUCACUGAAUUGGUCUCCAAAGAAGGCAGCGGAGCCGAUAGGUGAUUCUCAGGCACAGGAGGCCCCCAUGCCUAGUCUAGGUUUGUCUUCUUUGGAAAUGGAUUCUGAAAAUCAAAGUGGUGUUUCCGUGGUGGAAUCCCCCCAGCACGGCCCUCUGGACAGGGCUAUGGAGAAAGGAAGAAGCCGGAAGCUGAGCUUUUCCAUGCCACGACUGGCACUACCCAAGAUAAAGGUUUCUAAGGGGUCAGCUGCUGUGCCACCGGAAGACCUGAGGCCCUCACUCAGUGGAUCCACAUGUGGAGGUGACUCAGAAGUCUUAGAAACAACUGUCAGUGAUGCCCAUGUUGGGGACACUCAUCCAAAAGAUGUCACCACAGAACUCCAUGUCAGAUCCUCCUCCACCACAGAAGAGUUGGCCAGGUCCAAAACUGAGCUUCCUCCUCCCAAAGAUGACCUGAAUGUCAGAGGUGACAGCAAAUGUCUCGUGAUUGUCUCUGCUAGUCAGCCCUUUGGUGAACUGGUAAUACCCAGAACAGAAGGCCUCCUGCAGCCAUCUGGUAGACAGAGCGAUAACGCCUCCACCAUGGAAACCCCCGAGAUGGAUCCCACAGCAAAAGAGACAUCAACAGACUCGAAUGAGCGCCGAUUAAAAAUGCCCAAGUUCCGAGUUCCUGGUUUCAGACGCUCCUCAUCCAAGGAGCGAGACCGGGCUGGAGAAGAGGAAGCCCCUCAGAAGUCACAGCCCGCAGUCAUCAGCACGGCCUUGGAGGGAGCAAACGCAGCAGCCUGCCUGCAACUGUCCCAUGUGCCUGAGUCAAAGGAAGAGGCACAUAUCUCCCUGGGGUCCCCAGAGGACGGGACCAGUGUGCGGCCCCUAGAGAGCCCAACGUAUGCAGAUGUUGUAAAACGUGAUCUCCGCGGGGCAGGCUCUAGGAUCCAUAGCUCCACUGCUGAGCUCCCCCAUACACGGCUGUCCACCCCCGAGUUUGGGACCCAUGCAUCUAAAGGCUCUGUCUCCCUUGAGGUCCCUGGUGUGAGAGUCACAGAACUCCAGCUUCCUCCAGAAGGAACAUGCAAGCAGCAGCAUCCGGGGCCAGGAGGAAAUAUCCUUGCUGAGACGGAGGCUAGGACAGGAAGCCUGCCUUCCCCGCCACAAGGGCCUCUGAAGCUGAAGGCCUCCAUCACUGAUGUGCCAUCCCAGGUCUCCGUGGUGAGCACGAGUGGGGAGCGGCUCUGGGAGGAUUCUGUGUUAACUGUCACAUUCCCCAAACUCAAGGUACCCAGGUUCUCCUUCCCUGCUCCCAGCUCUGAAGCUGAUGUGUUCUUCCCUGUGGUGAGGGAGAUAGAGGCCAGCACUGGGAGUCCCAGGGAAAAAGUUAGCCCCGGGCUCUGGGAAGCCAGCAUUCUAAAGACAGGUGCUGAGGACACCAGAAUGCCACCACCAAGCCUUGAGCAAUCUUUGGAAGCAUCCCCAGUUUCUAAGGUCAGAGUGCACAUUCAGGGGUCUCAAGGUGAAAGUCAAGAAGUAGCCAUUUCCAGUAGGGUGGAAAGAUCACGUGCUGACCCCUUAGCCCCUGGAGCCUUCUGUACUCAGAUUGUGCGGGAAUCAGAGAUUCCUGUUUCUACCAUCCAGACUCCUUCUUAUGGAUUUUCUUUGCUGAAAGUAAAGAUCCCAGAGCCCCCUGUGCAGGCCUGUGUGUAUACAGUGGCUCCCGACUCCCAGACACAGGAGCACGUGGGUGGAGCCCCCACACCAGCUGCUGCAGGGGGACAGUCCACUCCUGCCGAGGUCCCACCUGAUACUGGCGAACCGUUUGAGAUUGUCUCUUCCAGUGCUGGCAUGCCUCCUGGGCCCCAGCCUGCAGACGGCACCUCUGAUGAGGACUCAGCAGAGAUUCUUGAAUUUCCUGAGGACAGCCAGGAGGUUAAGGCCCCUGACACGGCUACGAAACAGAAACCAGAAGGUAAAAAGGCCAGCCUGUUGUGGUCCUGGCUUCCAAGUAUUGGGUUCUCCUCUGGGGAAGAGGUGGCUGCUGAUUCCAGAGACACUACCCAGAGGCCUCCUGUCCAUGUACAGCCUACCGCUCGACUGGACCCCGAACUGCCCAGAAAACAGGAGAAGGCAGGCUGGUUCCGGUUUCCCAAGUUAGGAUUCUCCUCUUCACCUACCAAGAAGCCCAGGAGCACUGAGGAUGGGGAAGGCCAGGCAGAACCCAAGCUCAAGGAGGAAACGGUCACCUUUUUUGAUGCUCGAGAAAGCUUCUCCCCAGAGGAGGAGGAGGAAGCUAAGUCAGAGGUGACGAGUGCCAGGCCUGGUUCUGAAGCUGUGGUGGCUUCCUGUGCAAGAACAGAACUGGUGCUGUUGGAACAGGCUAGAGACACUGGAGACAAAUCUAUACCCAGGCCUGUGGCCAAAUGAAGCGGACGGUCAGAGUCAGUAGGCGAGAAAAACAAUUAGAACCUCGCACUAACAACGCCCCAGGACCCCUAGAACACAUGAUAUCGCGUAGAUCAUCCAAAGCAGAAAUGAGCAGCACUUACCUGUCACACCCACGGCCCUCCUGUAUGGAACCAAAACGCGCUACUUUCUUCCAAGCUUCGGAAGCAACGGAGGCUGCAAAAUUGUCUAGUUCUGGGAACUCUGUUGGCCUUGGUGGGGUAAGUCCCAAGAGGCUGCCUGACACGGCGAGAGCAGAGUUGUCUCUGAGAUACCCAUGCCUGUGUGGGUAGGAGCAGCUUUUGGGGUGACCUCUGCCUUGCUGCUGCUGCUGCUUCCUGGUGAACUCAGCCGGCAGGGUAUGGUGUGUCCUGGGGAAACCCCACUGCCUUCCUGCUCACAUACUCGAUCCUUCCCCGACUCUUUGGCUAAUGGCAAGCUUUGGGGCGUGGACUGCAAGGGUGUGUGUGUGUGCGUGCACGCUCUCGCAGCAGAAAGGUUUGACCAACAGCUGUCUGCACCCAGUGGUAACUGCGGGUUGCCCAGCAGGGUUCACACAUGGGUUUGCCAUUAGACCUUGGUGUGUGUCUAUUUGUCCACCUGCCUGCCCGUGUGCAGCUGUUUCCCCAGAUGUGUACAGCUUCCACGCUCUGGUUCCGAAGCACCUUGUGUGCAGACGGCCCCACCCAGUCACCUCAAUAAAGGAGUGAUGCAUUCAGUG